UGGAGAAGACGUCUACUAUCUAGGCGCGGGGGUGUCUUUUGUUAAUUUAGUGAAAUAUUACUAGUAAAAGUGAAUGGACUGUAGUAGAAAAUAACGCAAAGGUUUCAUAGCUGUAUGUGAACCGUUCGUGAUAAAUUAUUUCGCAAAAUGUUGGCGAUAUUUCAAGAAAAACGGCCCCUGAAAAAGCCUCGGCUUGGGCCUCCCGAUGUCUACCCGCAAGAAGCGAAACAGAAGGAGGACGAAUUGACAUCGAUGAAUGUGAAGCAUGGAUUUGCAACAAUGCCGCAACUAUCUGAUGAGUUCGGCACGGCCCAUAACUCCAACAUUACUGCAGCCAGAGUCGGAGCAUUUUUCAACUCGAUACUUGCCAAGAAAGAAGAAUUGAUGACAUUACCAGACAGUGGCAGAAAAAAGCAACAAAUCAAUCCGAAAGACAACUUCUGGCCCGUUUCACCGCGUACGAAGGUGACUCUGGACGCAUGGUUCAAGGAUUUAGCAGGCAAUAAGCCAUUGCAGAGCCUUGCGAAGAAGGCACCGAGUUUUAACAAAAAGGAAGAAAUCUUCGUUAUGCUCUGUGAGAAUCAAGUGAGCAUGCAGCGCGCGGCCUGGUUCAUCAAACUGAGCUCGGCGUACACCGUGGCGGUGUCGGAAGCGAAAAUUAAAAAGAGGCAAAUGCCCGAUCCUGCAACGGAGUGGACGGGCACGUUAAUCAAAUUCAUGAAAGAUUUAAUUCCCAAACUCCAGGAGUACUAUCAUCACGGUCCAGCUCAAGAAAAAUCCUCAAAUCAGCCUGCAGCCGCUUCAGCCAAUUAUCCAUCGACGAUCCCUCCUCCAAUGACCAGCCCAGCAUCACUACACAGUCCAGCAAAUUCAUCGUGCGGAGGCUUUUCCGGGACGACCCCAACUAAUCAAGAUGACGCUAAAAAUGCUUUAAAGCAGUGGAAUUAUUGCACACAGUUGAGCAAAUAUAUGUAUGAGGAGACGCUUUUAGAUCGUCAGGAGUUCCUCUAUUGGAUUUUGGAAUUGUUGGACAAAACUCGAGCACAACCUGCAGAUGAUGGACUGUUAAAAUUAGUUUUACCUUUCACAUUACAGUACAUGCAAGAUUUCGUUCAAUCUGAACGACUUUCCAGAAAAUUGGCUUAUAUUGUUGCUAAAAAAUUGUCAAAUAUGAUUCAUGCUGCUGAAGGUCAAGCAUCUUCUAGCUCGUCAACGGCACAAAACUCAUCCCAGUUUGUAGAUAUUAAGACGGAACCCAACAAACUAGAUAAUAAAUCAGCUGUCGGAAUGCCAACAACUUUGGAGCAAUUAAUAGAGAAGGAUAAACGUGCGCGAAUUUCCACAGAUCCUUAUGACUCAAUUCUGACGGAAUAUAUGAGUUGUCCACAUCACCGGGACAUAAUUAUGCAGCUUAGCUCGAUUUUGCAAAUAAUAACAAUUGAAUGCCCAACAGCUUUAGUAUGGUGCUGGAUAGGUGAAGCCCGAUCGACUUCUUCCUUGGUUGGCAGUCCACUAGAUCAUUUACUUAUACCGCCAUCAGCCCUACCUUUGCCGAGCCGAAACAGCGUAGAAGUGAAUAAUGAAAUUCGACGACAAUUGCAACAAUCCGAAGAAAACAUUCGUAUUCGUUCUCAACAUGCUGAAAAUAGAUGGUGCGCUGAAAAGUGGCAAAAAGCAAAUACAAAUUCAUAUUCCAAAGUUUUAACGAUUCUAGAGGCCCUUGAUAACCAUUCAUUUGACAGAAUGGACUCGAGCAAUUCAAUGGAGACUUUGUAUGCAAAAAUAUUCACCCCAUUCAAUGUAGUAAAGCAGGAACCAACAACAAAUGGAGAAUCAAAAGAAAUGAAAAGCGAAUAUGAUUCUAAACAGGACGCCCCAACUGUAAAGAUACUGUGUGAAUGGGCAGUUUCCUGGCAAAGAUGGGGCGAGCACCGAGCUAUGGCUGUCGCCUGGCUGCUUGAUAAAAGACAAACUGAAGUGACAACAGCAGAUAAUGACUUGUACAACGCGAACAACACCGCUAACGGGGAUGAUAAAGAAUCAGUGAGCUCAGGAAUAGGACUUGUUGGUGGAGUUCCGGUUUUUCAACCGAUUCUUAUGGACUUCCUUGAUCAUGACGCGCCCAUUUUAGAAGAAAACAGUUCUCCUCAAAAUCGCGCCCAGUUCACUAAUCUAGUUCACCUAUUCAGCGAGCUUAUCCGACACGAUGUAUUCUCUCAUGACGCUUACUUACGCACCCUCAUUUCCAGAGGAGAUCUUCUAAUGGAAAGUUCAAUAAACAAGCAAUCCGGGUCGGGCAUUACAGAAACUGGGCCUGUGUCAAAUAAACCAUCGCCUCCCAACCAAGGAUUAGAUGAUGAUGCAUUUGGAACAGGGAUGGAGUUCAGACAAAAUAUGGAGGAAUUCGAUGAUUCAAACGUGGACGACGACUUGGAUAAAAUACUUCAGCAUAUCAAAGAGAAGGGACAGCAUAGUGGGAUGGAUGCCCCAGAUAGCCCCAAAGAUCCUGAUCAUGUCGGUCACAACUCGAUGGGAAAUACUGGGUCGAGUGAUCCUCCAAUCUCAAGACAUUACAUUUACACAAAACAUUUUCCUUUGUCGCAAGAUGACCCAUUGUCCCAGCAUGACUGUAACCAACGAUAUAUUCUUCUGUUUGGCGUUGGUAAAGAAAGAGAUGAAAAGAAACACGCCGUGAAAAAAAUGUCCAAGGAAAUUUGUAAAUUGUUUUCGAAAAAAUUCAGCAUUGACGUUGCGGAAGGCGGUAAAGUUAAGAAACAUUCACGGAGUGAAUUCAAUUUUGAGGCUACAACGAACAAAUGUCAAAAUAUGCCGUACUUCGAUCAACAUGUGGUCACUUGGCAAUGUGCUGUGCAAGUUCAGGAAAUGCUCAAUGCAUUUGCACUUGGCAACAGUAAUUAUCUACCAGUUCAAGAACACGUAGCUUUCUUGUUUGAUUUGAUGGAAAUGGCGUUAAAUAUUUAUGGACUGAAUGAUAUGUGUAUUCAAAUACUAAAAGAAUUGCCUGAGGUAGAAAACCAACUGAUGAUCAGAAAAUCGACGCUUGUGAAGAGCUAUACGACCACUCUCAGUCUUUAUAUAAUUGGCAUCCUAAGACGUUAUAACAGCUGCUUAUUAUUGUAUCCUGAUCAAGUGUCUUCCAUAUUCGAGGGCCUAUGCAGAGUUGUGAAACAUGUAGCAGACCCAACUGACUGUAGUUCCGCUGAACGAUGUAUUCUGGCAUAUUUGUCUGAACUUUAUUCUAAUUGCGCUGUUCUUAAGGUGACACAAACAGUGGAAACGUUCCAUGCGUUAUAUCCUAAGUUAAAAGAAGCUCUGAAUUUCUCAACAGAGCCGAAAUCUGUAGAUUAUACUUACGAUCCAGACUUUUUAGUAGAUAUGUUAAAUUCACCGAAGAGAGGUGGAAAGAUUGAACCUGCAUGGGGAAGACUUUUGAAGGAAUCUCCAAACAAUCGGUAUAGUUUCGUGUGUAAUGCAAUCGUUGCAGUGUGUAGAGAAACCGACAAUGAUCGCCUGAACGACAUAGCCAUAUCCUGUGCUGAAUUGACUGCCUGUUGCAACUCAUUAAGUGCCGAGUGGAUUGUUGCCCUAGCAGCACUAUGCGGUUCGAACAAAGAUCACUUCUAUCACGACCUAGUAGGUCAAAUAGAUAUCCAGAAUCUGAACAUACAUAACUCAUUGGCAGUAUUUACAUGUAUUCUAGUAGCCCGACACUGUAUGUGCUUGACUGAUUUUGUACUGAAAAUAGCUCUUCCAGCUUUGGGAAAUACAUAUGGCGGAAGAGAAAUCACGCCCGAUGUAGAAGCCGGUGCACGGCUAUCAUGCCAUGUUUUAUUGAAACUUUUUAAGACUAUCGAAAUACCACAGCCUGGACUUUAUUCAGUAAGUACAUCGCCAAAUCCUAUAACCGCAACAGGGCCUGGUUGUGGAAUCAAACUUAGUUGCGAUCGACAUCUGUUAGUUGCCGCACAUAAGAAUUUAAGAGUAGAAGCCGUGAUGACUGUUUUGAAAGGGAUUCUGGUUGUGCGAGAUACGACAGCGCAAAAGCCCUCGGUGACAUCAUUUGGCAACGGAAAGAGGAGCGGCUUAAAUACACCAGUUCACCCUGGAAGCACACCAAAAAAUAUGGAUCGGCCUGUUGACCUGAGUCACAUUUUGGGUACGAGCGACUUGAAUACUCUCAAUGAUAGGGACGACAUGAUGCUGGACCUACAACAACAUAACGUGGCCCAAAACGAACACAUUUCAUCCCUAUCGGAUUUUGCACAACAUGUGCUGAAGCAAAUUUGCUCGCAAGAGUGGGUUCUUGAACGAUGCCUCCAAACAGCCGAUACUUUGUGUGGAAUGUUAAUAGAUAAUAUGCUUACCUCAAAGCAAGUGCAAAAUCUAUUACAUAUGAUUUGCUACUCAGAAAAUGAGUACAAUAUUAUCGCCGAUCUGGAUCAAAAGUCGAUAAUUGUGCGCAUACUGGAAAAUUUGGAGCAAUGGUCUUUAAGAAUUUCAUAUUUAGAUCUACAAUUAAUGUAUAAGCAAACAGCGAAUAAUCAAACCGAGAGGUCGAAUUGGCUGGACAUGGUCGCUAGGGCUGCCAUAGAUGUAUUCCAAAUUGAUGAAGACGAUUCGAAAAAUGCUAAGCCGAAACCGUCCAUAUGGUUAGUAGCCCCUUUAGUAUCUCGACUGCCAAGCGCCGUUCAAGGUCGGAUUUUACGAGUUGCUGGUCAAGUUCUUGAAAGUACAAACUUCUUUACAAAGUCGAAGGAGAAUUCGGAUGAAAAGGAGAAGACCAACGGAAAUAACAAGAAGAAAGUUCCUCUGAAUAACCACCCAUUUUUGGGGCUAGUGCUGACUUGCCUGAAGGGUCAAGAUGAGCAAAAGGAAGGAUUGCUCACAUCGCUUUAUUCUCAACUGUCGCUGUUUCUGCAAUCAUUAAGUGAAUUUGAGAAUGUUGGCGGCAUUGAAGAUCCAAGAGGUCGAGAAGAGAUGUUAGAUGCCCUUCAACUGAGAUUCUCGCUUGUGGGCGGAAUGUUUGAAGCAAUACAAAAGAACGGAACAUCUACAACAGAUUGGGCGAUUUUACUAACACAACUAGUGUGCCAAGGAAUAAUUGAUUUAACUACAAAUUGUGAAUUGUUUACAACUGUGCUGGAUAUGUUAGCAACUUUAAUACAUUCCACGUUAAUAACUGACAGCCAGUCGGAACGCGAUGAAAAUAAGAAAUUAUAUAUAAAUCUCAUGAAGAAGCUGAAGAAGGAGAUUGGUGAUAAGAAUAACGCUUCUAUAAAAUUCAUUAGGCAGUUAUUGCAGUUAUCAAAACAAACGACUGAGGUUGUUUCGUGCGAGCCAAGUGGUGUUGACAAUAAAGGGAGUGGCUUUGAUGGUCUACGCAUCUCGGAUAAACAACGGGUAAGUGUUUGGGACAUUUUGGAAGGCCAUAAGAACCCAGCACCUUUAUCCUGGGCGUGGUUCGGUGCAGUCAAAUUGGAAAGAAAACCUUUAACUUACGAAGAAACCCAUCGCCUAUUGAAGUAUCAUACACACAGUUUAGUAAAGCCUACCAGUUAUUUCUACGAAUCAUUGCCACUACCCCCCGAAGACUUAGAACCUCUUCCUGAAAAACCUGUUAAAGAUGAUAUGAAAGCGGAUACCCCUUCAUCGGUUGAUCAAUCUCCGAGUGCUGUUGUUUCCGGUAGAGGAAGAGGAAAAGGGAAUCGUAAGCCCAGGAAAAAACCGGGUGCGGCAGUCCCAGCCGCGGCACCUGUCAAUUCGCAACAGCAACCACAAAUGCCUCAACAAAUACCAAAUAAUCAGAUGGGCCAAAUGCAGAUGAAUAUGCCCAUGAACACCAAUAUGCAACAGUAUCAACAAAAUAUGAUCCCAAACAACAACCAGUUGAUGGCACAGCAACAAAUGCAAAAUCAAGGCAAUGUACAGCAAGUGUUGAACUCGGUUGGGCAGGCACAAAACACACCGAUGAGCUUUGUGCCGGGUGCGCAACAAAUGAAUCAAGGCCAACAACCGUGGGGUGCUUAUGGACAAAUGCAACCACAACAACCAUAUUAUAAUCAACAAGGAAUGCAAAUUAAUCGAUUCGAUAGACCACCGUUGAACACCUCGAAACAAGCUUUAUCAAACAUGUUACGCCAACGGCAUCCGAUAAUGACCGGUGGCCAGAAUAAUAAUCCAGCAUUCAAUAUCCAACAACAACAGCAGCAAAGGCAGCAGCAACAACAACAAUACAUGCGUAAUCCACUUCGCGGCAUAAAUCCUGCCCAGAUGUCCGGUGGGCAGUCUAACAUGGGCAAUCUGAACCAGGCUUUAGGCCAAAUAAAUCAAACAGGUCUCAAUCAAGGAUUAAACUCGAACCAGAUGAUGAACCAGCAACCUCAGUUACAACAAGCUGCCUUGAACCAAAACCCUCAAGGCAACCAAUCGUUGAUGGGCCAAACAGCCGGAAUGAUGAAUAAUACUUCGAAUGCUGGCAUGAUGGGACAACCUAACCCGGGAAUAGUUCAAAAUGUAAUGGGUCAAGCAGGAGGCUUGCUGCAACAACAAGCCGUUGGCAUGGGAAAUCAAGGUCCUCAAUUCCAAGGAAUGGGGCAAAAUUUCACGGGCUACAGUGGACAGACAAUUAAUCAAUUGACAUCACAACAAAACAUGAUUGGAUACAAUCAAAUGAAUCCUCAAAGGAAUACACCAGCUGAAUUUCUCGCCCAGCAACGGGUCAUACAAGCUAAUCGUGGCCAGUAUAUGACUCAAACUCCCAAUGUUACAAUGAACAACAUGAUAGGCCAAGGAGCGGCACCGCCUUACCCACGGCAGCAGGCAAGUAGUGGAAAACCAGGUGUCACCCAGCAACAAUUCCAGCAACGAAUAAGACAGCAGCAAAUGAUGAUGCAAGGGAUGGGACAGCAAUCUGGAGGACAAGGAAUGGGACAACCUCAAAAUCAAGGAAUGGGUCAACAACAAACUCCCGCAUUAGUUGCACAACUGCAAAGGCAGAUGCCAAAUCAGGGCAUGAUGGGACAACAAUACCCUCACCAGCCUCAUCAACCUCCACCCUAUUGAAUGAGUCGUAGAAGAGUAAACCAAAACUGAUCUUGUGGAUAAUUAGUAUUAAAUAAAGAAUAGUCCGUA